AUGACGAAGACUAGAGCUCAGCGCUCGACCUCACCUGACGACGACGGGGAAAGGGCUUCGGCCCCGAUCUUCACUCUGAUACUGCCGCCGAGGAUCACGAGCACCUCGCAUGCUGCUCUGGUCAAGUGGCGUAAGGAGUGUCGCGAUGUUCCUGACAUCGACCAGGAGAUGGCCGAAAACCUCCGCAUGGACCUGAGCGAGAGUGAUGUUCACGAGCGUUUUAUUCAGUAUUUCAAGCUCUGCCAUGAAAUUAUCGAUGGCCACGGGUGGAGAUCGUUGGAGCCCAAGGCUCUACGGGAGGAAGUGGAUCGAACUGCUCGUUUUCAAACGCGCAAAGCGAGAGAAGACGAAGUCGUUCUCCACGACCUAAUUCUCGAGAAGGCCCUCGAUCAUGAGAAGGCUUUUCAGAACCAGCGUCGUGCCAAGCGCGACCGCGACCGCGACCGUACCCGAGACCAAAGUGACCGCGACGCCGAGCGCCCGGCUGCGCGCGGUGCUGGCAAGAAGGUUGCUAAGAAGCCGAGACUGUUUGGUGAACCGAGUGGUACUGGCCCUCGAGCGCCCACGAAGUCGCCUGCAGAGCGACCUAAAGUCCCCCCCCGACGCCGUGCCCGCACUGUGGCGAUCUCCAUUGGCUGUCCGAAUGCCCCAGGGCUACGGACAGCGAGAAAGCCGAGAUACCGAGGCGACAAUAGCAAGAGAGAGGUUGCCCGGCUGAAACGUCUUCGGGAAUGCAUCCCUUCCGAGGAAAAAAACGUCACGCUUUAUGACGUGAUGGAGCUACCCUACUGUGUGGACACUGGUGCUGAAAGGACUGCAAUUAGUCAGAGGCACGUUGAAGAGCUGAAACUACGUGAGCCCUCCAUCACGUUGGACCGUCUCGACACGCCAGUGGUGAUUGUAGCUGUGGCUGGGAAUGAGAUCACAUGCACCACAUCGGUGCAUCUGCGAGUCCUGCUCAACACGGCUGCAGGUUCCGUGGCGAUCCACGAACCUGUCGAAUGCCUGCUUGAGCAGCUCGCGGAGCGCGACAAUGACGACGACAGCGACCUGCUCGACACCGACGAAGCUGCCUCUGUGUCUGCGUCGCCGCCGACAGAUGAUGAGCUACGGACUGCCGAUGAGAGAUUAGUGCAAUUGGCACUCGAUCACGGGUUUCCGAGCCAUCUUGUUGAGCAACUCCGUGUCAACCCAACUCGACUAGUUUCUGGUUGA